UUAACUCAACACGACAUAGCGCUAACUUAGUUUCUAGCUAGCUUAUGUUUCCAAAUACGUGAGUCGGUGUUAGCUUUGUAUGUUUCAGUGUAACUGCUCAGCUGUGAAGUUAGUAGUGACCUCUUUACUAUGAUGUAUCCUGAGGGCUCAUUAACACACACACACGUUAGUACCAUGGACAGAGAGUGUGUGUCGCUGCUGCCCAGUGUGUGUGAGGUGCUGGCGGACUCAGGGAAGUCUCUGCCCGAUGACACCAGCCUGGAGAAACUCUUGGACUGGUUCACAGGGCUCACCAAAGCUGGGGGACAUCUGCUGGAGGCCUGCCCAUGUCUGCCAGAAUUCAUAUCUGCUGUGGUUUACAACACAGCUUCAGACCCCGCUGUCCUCUCCUUCACUCUCAAACUGACCGGCUUGAUGGCUGCAAGUGAGGACGGCUUCAGAAAGCUUCAGGAAAGCUCUGUUCUGGAUCUGGUCUUCAAUCUUAAGCGCUGGCAAGAAGCAGGUCUCUGGGAGGAUCCCUCUUUAAGGAUUGGUUGGAUCCAGGGCUUAAAGAACUUGCUGCAGCACCCAAAGGCUCUCAGCUUCUUUGUACAAUCAGAUUUCAUUGAACCGCUCCUACAACUCCAGACAGACACAAGUCUGUUUGUUGCCUCAGCUGCCAAUCAAAUGCUCGCCCACACCGUGCUCUUCUUUCAGCCGGUCUCGUCUGCAGGAUGUAACGGCAUAGAUAAGAAAGAAGAAGAUGACGGGAGGACGCAAACCUCCAUCGCAGACUUAGAACACCCAGCCGUCACCAUGGACACCAUCACAGGGUACACUGCUGUUGUCAUGGCGAUCUCACAGUACCUCAAGGAGUCGCUCGUUCCCAGAGAAAACACACAUCUCCAUCAGAGUCUGCAGAUCCUCAAACUGCUGGCCCUGCUCCUGGCCCAGGCUGGCCCCCCUCUUCGGGACAAGCUGCUGCAGACAGUCUCAGACUCUCUGGAGGGUCUGGUGACAGCAGGGUGCAGUCAGCUCACACUGCCUCUGAUGGACGUCAUUAUGGCUGCAUACAGCUCCGGCACUGUUGAACACAUCCCAGACCGCCUGCUAUCAUCCAUGCUGACCACUAGCAAACCCUCUGAGCUCAUUCAUGCUGCAGCUGCUUUUCUUCGCAGAAGUCAUCAUAAUCCUGUCCACACAGCCCGGGCUGUGAGAAUACUACUGCUACCCCUCGAUAUUAUAACGGGUCACACUCUACUGGGCACAAACACCACUGCGGACGAGCAUCGGCCUGCAAUGGUGGAGCAGCUGAAGAGCAAAACCUCCUGCAUUGCUACGAUCUGUGUCUGUCUGACGAACACACCACAGAUCACGCUCACGCCGUCUCACGUCCUCCCCUGUCCACCAGAUUUAAUUGUCACUGCAGUUCUGUCACUGUUGAGGAUCUGCAGUGGCAUCUCCUCGUCUGCCGGCGGUGGUGAGGCUUGCAGGAAUGUAAUCAGCAGCGGCAAAGUUCAGAAGUGUGCUCUGGAGGCUCUGACAGCUCUCCACAGUAGCUCAGGGGCGAAGGAGAAGAUCGGUGAUGUGUUCGCUGUUCUGAUACAAUAUCUGGACAAUCCUGAUUCUGACCCCACUGUACUCCACAAGUCAUACCAGGCCUUAGUCAAGUGGACGAGUGUGUGCACAGACCUCUCCUCUAUAACAGACCAGCUCAGACAAGAUCUCGUUGAGGUGGUGAAGAAGCGUGCGUGUGACAUGCGCUGGGAGGUGAGAGACUCAACGGUGGAGUUUCUGGGACACCUGGCAGGCGUGCCUGUCCUCCUGAAGUCAGCCGCGGAGGUGUGUGACGCUUCGGAGGCUUUGCUGGGCGGCAGCUGUACCGCUCCCCUCCUGAAGGAGGCGCUUCACGACUCGGAGAGUUACGUGAGAGCCAGCGCCAUCUCUGCGCUGGCAAGGACGCUGGCACGCAGCUGGCAGCAGGGGGCAGCACUCAGUCAGCAGGAGGCUGAAAUAGUGAGCCGGCUGCUUGAAAUUCUCUCCCAGGACACGGAGGGGUUCUCCAGGAGGGCUGUCGUACAGUACUUCAUCGCCUGGUUCUCUUCGCACUCCUCACGCUCGCCUCCGUCGUCAUCCGCCUCUCUCCUGAUGCAGUGCGUGCGUGCCGUCCUCUCACAAGGCAGCGCAGAUCUGGACUGGGAGGUCAAAGUUCACACGCUGGAGCUGGCCGAGCUGCUGCUGGACGAAGCCUUUUCGGGUCACCGGGGUUACAGGAAGGGCUCAGACUUGCAUCAAGCCCUAUCACACCCCUAUGGUGUAGUUUCUGACCAGACGUACACACUUCACACCCACACUGGUGGACACGCAGAGGGUGUGGAGUCAGAUUUGGCCCGAGCGUUGAACAAGCUGGUUGAGCAGGGAGUCAUCUCAGCGUUGUUGAGCGGUCUGGUUGACUGCGAUAGACCUGUGGGUCUGAGGGCCUGCCGACUGCUCAUAACCCUCAGAGAGAUGCUCUGUCCUCUGUCGUUGGGGGCACAGGAUGCUGCCGUGGCAACAGUUGCCAAGGUGUCCUGUGAGCUACCUGGCUGGGGCUGGGGGCAGGAGAUCAGAAAGAUAAUGGGGAUGAAGAAGAGUGACGGGGCCAGAGAGGCGGGCAUUGCAGAUUCUGAAGACUGCGGCGUGCAGAAGGAGGGAGGCGACGGCAUGAUUGUCGGCGUGUGUGAGGUGUUGAGGUCUCUGGGUUUGGACGAGAGGCUGGACGUCCUGGCCCAAAGCAGCGACCACAUCCACAACUCUCCCCUGUCUCUGCUGCAGGACAUACUGACCGCGAGUGCCGCUCACGCUCGUCCUGACACACAGCCAGGGCAAGAGGUCAUAGUGGACUGCUACUGACACAUACACACACACCCAUAGUGUGAGUAAGACACAUCCACAGACACACACACUGCCUUACGUGUGUUAUCAGUGAACAACACUCUUAACUCAGGGUACAUUUGCCUCCAUGUUGUUGCAAUGUCUUGGUUACUUGCCCUGAUUUUGCUGAGUUAUAUGUGUAUAUUUUACAGUUUUUACAGGUCUCAGAUCUCCUUAUUGAAUAUUACAGUUUCAUGAAAUAAUGAACAGGAAGUUUUCUGCUUUUUCAUGAUGUCAAUUUUCUAUUGAUUAUUUUAAGAUACACCCAUACAGUGCACUUGUCUGUACUUCCAGCAGGGGUCAGUCAAAGCUCGCCAUUAGAAUUGUGCACAGAGACCUGAUCAGACCUGGGCCCAUAUUUUCGCUUUAUUUCAUCCAUUCAGCUGUUGCCUCUUUUCGUGGAUCCCACUGGUCAUCCACACAUUGUCACACCUACAGUGGCCAUGCAAUGAAAGUGACACGUUAAGCAGCGCAUCAGCAGCAGCUUCUGUCCUAAUGAAGCACAUUUGUUUCAACAGAUGUGGCUGAUAUGAAUGUCUUAAUACUUUACAUUUGAAAAUAACUACUCGACUUCACAGUGAGUUUUGUCCUAUAAAUGA